GUUCGCGACAUCUAACGUGAACUCUACUAUUAAUUGUAGAAAACUAAAAAUAAUGAAGAGGUAUCUUUUAUAAUUAUUUCAAGUACCAUAUCCAAAUCUCCAAGAUGUCGCAUAGUAAGCGGAACACCUCGCGCGCCGUCUUCACCUCCCACGAGCGGGACCUCGCCAAACGAGCAUGGAGCUCAACGACGGCACGGCUUUCACGCGAAAGCUUCCUUCCCUUCUCAUCCUGCGGCCUAUGUCUCGAGAUAGCCCAAGACCCUGUGUCAUGUGUGCACGGCGACAUCUUCUGCCGCGAGUGCGCCCUGAGCAACAUCUUAGCCCAGAAGAAGGAGAUAAAGCGCCUCGAGAAAGUUCGCGAACAGGCCGAGCGUGAAGCCUUGGAAGAAAGGGCGCGUCAGGAGGAAGAAGCCCGUGAACGCGCCGUUCGCGAAUUUGAGAUGACGCAGAUUGGGCUGGACGCAAAGGCGAGGAGUAAUAGCACCAAUAAAGACGAUAAUGCUGCUCGGAAAGGAUCAGUCGAUAGUCGUGACCAAAGCAACACACCGGCAGCGGCAGAGUUAUCUAACGGCAGUGGAAAGAAGCGCAAAUUCGAAAUAGACGCGGAGGAAUUAGCGCGAAUAGCACAAGAAGAUAGGGCAAAAGCGCGGAAAGCAAUCGACGAAGAGAAGGCAAAAAAGCCCGUGUUGCCAUCGUUUUGGACACCUUCGAUAACACCGUCUUCCAAUACGAAGGAUGCGCUUCAUGAGAUAGCCAAGAAGACCAAGAGCACACCCAUAUGCCCAGCAUCGAAAGACGACAGUCCACACACGUAUUCGCUACACACACUUGUGACGGUGAACUUCACCGAAGAGGAGGAUGGAGGUGGCGAGAGCGGCGGCGGUUCAGGCAACAUGAAGAAGCGCAUACGCAUAUGUCCAUCAUGCAAGAAGGGACUAAGCAAUACCUCGAAAGCACUGCUCGCCAAGCCCUGCGGUCAUGUCUUGUGCCGUAACUGUGUCGAUAAGUUUAUGCGACCCUCACGGCACCACCAUGAUCCACACGCAUCAGUAAGCGAUCAAGGGAGCUUACGGUGCUAUGUUUGCGAGACAGACCUCACGGAUCAGAAGGGCAGUAAUGAUGGGGGUGGUGAAAAGGGCAAGAGGAAGGAUAAGGAGAGGAUACGGCCGGGGCUGGUCGAGCUAAGGAGCGAGGGUACGGGGUUUUCAGCUGGGGGCGUAAACCAGGUGCAGAAGUCUGGUGUGGCAUUUCAAUGCUAGACUCGACUGCAAUAUCAUAAAGAAUAUGGGACUGGAUUAUGACUAUAUGACUAUGAUAUUAGAAUUAAUUCGAGUAUAGCAACGAGUCGACGCCCGCUCCCAACACCGG